CAGCAGCGACGCAUCAAACUCGGCUUCACGCAAGCCGACGUCGGCCUCGCUCUGGGCACGCUCUACGGCAACGUCUUCUCGCAGACGACCAUCUGCCGCUUCGAGGCGCUGCAGCUCUCCUUCAAGAACAUGUGCAAGCUGAAGCCGCUCCUCUCCAAGUGGCUAGAGGAAGCCGACUCGAACACGGGUUCCCCGACGAGCAUAGACAAGAUCGCCGCGCAGGGAAGGAAGCGCAAGAAGAGGACGUCCAUAGAGGUCACCGUCAAGGGCGCGCUCGAGAACCACUUCGUCAAGCAGCCGAAGCCUUCGGCGCAGGAGAUCACCGCGCUCGCCGAGAGCCUCCAGUUGGAGAAGGAAGUCGUUCGAGUCUGGUUCUGCAAUCGCAGGCAGAAGGAGAAGCGCAUGACUCCUCCCGGUCUUCUCGGUCCCAACGGAGAGCUCCUCCCCGGGGUGUACCCUCCCGGAGACGGCAGCCCCAUGGGGCAGCAGAUGCAGGGAGGUCCGCACAGUCCGAUGGGCGGGGGAGGAGGGGGAGGGGGAGUGAUGCAUCCACAUAGUCCACAGAUGAUGAUGGGGAGGGGGGGAGGGGGGGACGCCGGACAUCACAUGGUGAUGGCGGCCGGGUUGAACGGUCAGCACCACUGA